CAACAGACCAGACGUCACAAUCUGGGCAUGUGUGUUCCAGUUUGGUCUCUUUCUUAUUUUCAGACUGGAGGACUUGGAUAGAGAAGAGUGUAAAAGGAAAUAUAUGUUUUCCUACAAAAAGAGGGAAGUCAUCAUUCUUGAAAAUAUACAGAUAUACAUUUUUAUUUACACAAGACCCAAAUAAUUAUUUUCGGGGAGGCAAUACGAGGUGAACAGUGGCGUUUUGAGGGUUAACUUUCAGUUAAUUCUCAGGCAAGAGGUUUUUUGGUAUGCGAUAAAGAUGCCUGGGUCGUUAAGCAAUGAAGACGAGGGACAAGAGGACAUGGAUUUUGAAGACGAAAUACCAGAUGAGGAUGAGGAUGGUCAACGUAACACUGUCCCGUUCACACCUCUGGACAGCUUUUUCACUGACAACGACUCCCUCAAACAACAGAAGAAGAAGAAACCCAAAAAGAUGAAGGAGGGCAAGAUGCCCAAAGUCAAGAAGAGGAAAAAGGAGGGAGGAGGAGGUGGAGGAGUAGGAGGUGGUGGCAGUGACUUGAAGGAGCAGGCCCCUGAGCGGGAGGAUGACCGUCCACUGCAGGGUCCAGAGAUUGGCUCAGAGAGCGAGAGCAGCACCUACGCCCCUACCACAAAGAAGAAGAAGAAACCCAAGGAUAAGAAAGAGAAGAAACCCAAACGGAAGAAGAGAGAAGAGGAGGAGGAGGAUGACGAUGAUGAUGAUGACGAAGAUGAUGAAAAUAAUAAGGAGCCCAAGUCGUCCAGUCAGCUGAUGCAGGAGUGGGGUCUGGAGGAUGUGCAGUAUGGCUUUACAGAGGAGGACUAUACAACCCUCACCAACUACAAGGCCUUCAGCCAGUUCCUCAGGCCACUUAUUGCCAAGAAGAACCCUAAGAUCCCCAUGUCAAAGAUGAUGACAGUGUUAGGGGCCAAGUGGCGAGAGUUCAGCGCUAACAACCCCUUCAAAGGCACGUCUGCAACUGCUGUGGCUGCUGCGGUGGCUGCUGCCGUGGAAACGGUCACUGUUGCCUCGCCCCCCUCUGUCAAAGAGAUCACUACACUGUCAAGCUCUCAGCCUGGGCAAAUCAGAAAAGCCAAAACCAAAGAGGGAAAGGGGCCUGGGGUUCGACGGAAAACAAAGACUGUAAAGGAGGUAAAGAAGAAAAGUAAAGGGAGGAAGACCAAAUCAAAGAAGAAAGCAUCCUCGAGUGAGGAGGACUUUGGGCUAGAGGAGUCGGACUUUGAUGAUGUCAGCAUCCACAGUGCCUCGGUGCGCUCUGAUACCUCGGGGAAUGCCAAGAAGAAAGCCCGGAAGGGUCGGAAAAAAAGGAAAAGAGAGGAUGGGGACGGCUAUGAGACAGACCACCAGGACUACUGUGAAGUGUGCCAGCAGGGAGGGGAGAUCAUCCUGUGUGACACCUGUCCCAAAGCCUAUCACCUGGUGUGUCUGGACCCCGAGCUGGAGAAGGCUCCCGAGGGCAAGUGGAGCUGCCCCCACUGUGAGAAGGAGGGCAUCCAGUGGGAGGCCAAAGAUGAUGACGAUGAGGAAGAGGAGGUUGCAGUUGAGGAAGAGGACGACCACCUGGAGUUCUGCAGAGUGUGUAAAGACGGAGGGGAGCUCCUGUGCUGUGACACCUGCCCCUCUUCCUACCAUAUCCACUGCCUCAACCCGCCACUGCCUGAGAUACCCAAUGGGGAGUGGCUGUGCCCACGCUGCAUGUGCCCACCUCCGAAGGGGAAGGUACAGAGAAUUCUCCACUGGAUUUGGGGGGACCCCCCCUUACCAACUGAAGUGCCCCCUGGCCCCGAUGGAGAGACUGUGGACCCGCUGGUAAAGCCCCCCCUGAAGGGCCACCCGGAGAGGGAGCUGUUUGUCAAGUGGGCUGGUCUCUCCUACUGGCACUGCUCCUGGGUCAGCGAACUGCAGUUGGAGCUGUACCACGCGGUGAUGUACCGUAACUACCAGAGGAAGAACGACAUGGACGAGCCCCCUCCGUACGACUACGGCUCUGGGGAGGAGGAGCUGAACAAUGAGAAGAGGAAGAGUAAAGACCCAGAGUACGCUGCCAUGGAGGAGAGAUUCUACCGCUACGGCAUCAAGCCAGAGUGGAUGGUCAUCCACAGGAUCCUCAACCACAGUUAUGAUAAGGAUGGGGAUGUGCACUACCUGAUCAAGUGGAGAGACUUGCCCUAUGACCAGUGCACCUGGGAGGUGGAUGACUUUGAUGUCCCUGAGUAUCACAACACCAAACACUCCUACUGGGACCACAGGGAGCAGAUGAUUGGUGACGACCAGCGCCCUUUAGUGGUGAGAAAGGGAAAGAAGGGCAAAGAGGAGGAGAAGAGGAGGGAGAGAGAAAUCCCUCCUAAUGCUCCAAUCAUAGAUCCUACCAUCAAGUUUGAACAUCAACCGUGGUACAUCAAUGCCACUGGGGGAACCCUACACCCGUACCAGCUGGAGGGUCUAAACUGGUUACGGUUCUCCUGGGCACAGGGCACAGACACUAUCCUGGCAGACGAGAUGGGCCUGGGCAAGACUGUCCAGACCAUCGUCUUCCUCUACUCACUCUACAAGGAGGGUCACUCCAAAGGGCCUUACCUGGUCAGUGCCCCCCUGUCCACCAUCAUCAACUGGGAGAGGGAGUUUGAGAUGUGGGCCCCAGACUUCUACGUGGUGACCUACACUGGGGACAAAGAAAGCCGGGCGGUCAUCCGGGAGAACGAAUUCACCUUCGAGGACAGUGCGGUCAAGACAGGCCGCAAGGUCUUCCGUAUGAAGAAAGACACGGCCAUCAAGUUCCAUGUGUUGCUGACGUCAUAUGAGCUAAUCACCAUCGAUCAGACCAUUCUGGGCUCCAUUAACUGGGCCUGUCUAGUGGUGGACGAGGCCCACAGACUGAAGAACAACCAGUCAAAGUUUUUCAGAAUUCUCAAUGGGUAUAAGAUCUACUAUAAGCUGCUACUGACUGGCACUCCUCUGCAGAACAACCUGGAGGAGCUGUUUCACCUGCUCAACUUCCUCACCCCAGAGAGAUUCAAUAACCUGGAGGGGUUCCUGGAGGAGUUUGCAGACAUCUCCAAGGAGGACCAGAUCAAGAAGCUGCAUGAUCUGCUGGGCCCACACAUGCUCAGGAGACUGAAGGCUGACGUCUUCAAGAACAUGCCUUCCAAGACAGAGCUCAUUGUACGAGUGGAGCUCAGCCCCAUGCAGAAGAAGUACUACAAGUUUAUCCUGACGCGGAACUUUGAGGCGCUCAACUCCAAGGGUGGGGGCAAUCAGGUGUCCCUGCUCAACAUCAUGAUGGACCUGAAGAAGUGCUGCAACCACCCCUAUCUGUUCCCCGUGGCAGCUGUGGAGGCACCAGUGUUACCCAAUGGCUCUUAUGAUGGGAACCAGCUGGUCAAGUCCUCAGGCAAACUCACCCUGCUCCAGAAGAUGCUGAAGAAACUCAAAGAUGAAGGACACAGAGUUCUCAUCUUCUCCCAGAUGACUAAGAUGCUGGAUCUGCUUGAAGACUUUCUGGAAUACGAGGGCUACAAAUAUGAACGCAUUGAUGGAGGCAUCACAGGGGGACUACGACAGGAGGCUAUCGACCGGUUCAACGCACCGGGUGCUCAGCAGUUCUGCUUCCUGCUCUCCACCCGAGCUGGAGGCUUGGGCAUCAACCUGGCCACGGCAGACACCGUCAUCAUCUACGACUCAGACUGGAACCCUCACAAUGAUAUCCAGGCAUUCAGCAGGGCCCACCGUAUAGGUCAGAACAAGAAGGUGAUGAUCUAUCGCUUUGUGACACGGGCCAGCGUGGAGGAGCGCAUCACCCAGGUGGCCAAGAGGAAGAUGAUGCUGACCCACCUGGUGGUGAGGCCCGGCCUGGGCUCCAAGACCGGCUCCAUGUCCAAACAGGAGCUGGAUGACAUCCUCAAGUUCGGCACCGAGGAGCUCUUCAAGGAUGAGAUGGAGGCAGCUGCACGGGCCAUGGGUUCGCAUCAAAAACUCUGGGACAUAAAGGAUGGAGAUGAGGGCAGUGUCAUUCACUAUGAUGACAAUGCCAUCUCCAAGCUGCUGGACCGUAGCCAGAAUGCCACGGAGGACACUGAGAUCCAGAACAUGAACGAAUACCUCAGCUCCUUCAAGGUGGCCCAGUAUGUUGUCAAAGAUGAGGAUGUAGAGGAGGAGCCCCAGCGGGAGAUCAUUAAGCAGGAGGAGAAUGUGGAUCCAGACUACUGGGAGAAGCUGCUGAGGCACCACUAUGAGCAGCAGCAGGAGGACCUGGCCCGUAACCUGGGCAAAGGCAAACGCAUCCGCAAGCAGGUCAACUACAACGACACGUCUCAGGAGGACCAAGAGUGGCAGGAUGAUCUUUCAGACAAUCAUUCCGAGUACUCCGUGGGGUCCGAGGACGAGGACGAAGAUUUCGAAGAGAGGCCGGAAGGUGGGCGCAGGCAUUCUCGCAGGCAGCUGAAGAGUGACAGGGACAAACCUCUGCCACCCCUGCUGGCACGCGUAGGGGGCAACAUCGAGGUGCUGGGGUUCAACGCCCGUCAGCGGAAGGCCUUCCUCAACGCUAUCAUGCGCUGGGGCAUGCCUCCUCAGGACGCCUUCAACUCUCACUGGCUGGUCAGAGACCUGAGAGGGAAGAGUGAGAAAGAGUUCAGGGCCUACGUGUCCCUGUUCAUGAGACAUCUUUGUGAGCCCGGGGCAGAUGGGGCGGAGACCUUUGCAGAUGGGGUUCCACGAGAAGGGCUGUCCCGUCAGCAUGUCCUCACCAGGAUUGGGGUUAUGUCUCUGGUCAGGAAAAAGGUCCAGGAGUUUGAGCAUGUCAAUGGGAAAUACAGCACACCAGACCUGAUCCCUAUUGGACUGGAGCUGAAGAAACUGACUGAGAGUCUGUCCUCUGACCCCAACACCCCCGUCCCUGCUAGCCCUGCUGCCACACCCCAGCCUCCUGGAAGUCCUGUCCCACCAGGUCACAUCCUCACCCUGUCCAGUGUGUGUGAGAAGAUGGACUCGAUCUCAGGGCCUGCUGAAGACAAGGAGCCCACAGAACAGGAAUGCAAGAAGCUACCAGAACUGGAGACUCAUGUUAGUACAGAGUCAUCAUCCCAGGUAGAGAAGACGGACAUCGCUCCUGACAGUGAUGAGACAGAGAAAGGCAGCACAGAGGACAAACCAGUCUCCUCAGAGGAGAGUAGUGAAAUGACAGACAUACCCUCCGCACUGAUAGAGCCAUCCAUCAAUCCUAAAGAGCCUCCAUCCAUACAGACAGAGCUGUUGUCCAAUCAAAGCUCACCAAAAGCGGAGCCCUGUCGAGAGACAGAGAAGUCCUUAGAAAAAGGAGAGAGUGAUCCUGCUCCAGCCAAACCUGAGGAGAAGGAACUGAAUCCAGUUGUUUCAGACGAGGCCAAGAGCGAGGACUUGCUCGUGCCCGAGGGACGGCUGAAUGGAGAAAAAGAGGCACAGGAGGAGAUGGAGGAGAUCAGGAGGGAAUUACUGGAGAAGAAUGGUUUCAAGAUGAGGUUCAUGUUCAACAUUGCCGACGGAGGCUUCACAGAGCUGCACACCCUGUGGCAGAACGAGGAGCGGGCUGCCGUGUCAUCUGGGAAGAUGUAUGACAUCUGGCACCGUCGCCACGACUACUGGCUACUGGCUGGCAUCGUAACACAUGGCUAUGCCCGCUGGCAGGACAUUCAGAACGACCCACGCUAUGCCAUCCACAAUGAGCCCUUCAAGACUGAGAUGCACAAAGGAAAUUACCUGGAGAUGAAGAACAAGUUCCUGGCUCGUCGCUUUAAGCUGUUGGAGCAGGCUCUGGUGAUAGAGGAGCAGUUGAGGAGGGCAGCGUACCUGAACAUGACCCAGGACCCCAGCCACCCGGCCAUGGCCCUAAACACUCGCUUUGCUGAGGUGGAGUGUCUGGCUGAGUCUCACCAGCACCUGUCCAAGGAGUCUCUAGCCGGGAACAAGCCAGCCAACGCUGUGCUGCACAAAGUACUGAACCAGCUGGAGGAGCUGUUAAGUGACAUGAAGGCGGAUGUGACGCGGCUUCCCAACAUGUUGUCCCGGAUCCCCCCAGUGUCUUCGCGUCUGCAGAUGUCUGAGAGGAGCAUCCUCAGCCGCCUCACCAGCCGCGGCAACGAACCUCCGCCCCAACAGCCGUUCGGCCAGGGCUCAUUUGCCUGUUCCCAGAUGUACAGCACUGGCUUUGGGGGCAGUUUCCGGGGGCCUGCAGGUGAGGCCAUGGUCAACUAUAGCCAGAUGCCCCUGGGACCCUAUGUCAGUGUGUCCAACGGCCCCCCUCCUCCAUCCAGCCACUUGGACAAGAAGUCCUGCGACCACCUGAGGGAUGUCACCACCCCUGACCUUAAGUCAGGCAAGCCCAGUGAUGUUAUCUGUAUUGAAGAUUAGGUAAUCUACUCCAAAACUGAUCUGGAGUCAGCCAAGCCAAGGGAUGUCAACUACUGUAUCAAUGAUUACAGAAUCAACCCGCCAGAGAACUCCUAACUAACCUCUAUGUCUAUGGAUGAUAGGAUAACACUAAACAUUACACUGAUGUAUCUGUCUAUCGUAUCAAUUGCACUUCUAUCUUUCAAGGAUUCUUCAACAUACUUUGCAGUAGCUAUUUGCUUUUAUGACUUAGGUUGGUGAGUCAAGCAGAGGAACUGUCUAUUAGGAUGUGAGAGUCAAACGACCUCAUACGCACCGACCUCUGCUACCUGACAUGUGGAAGCAUGUUCCCCUGCUCAGAUGUUGCAUGCAUCAACAAAUGGUUGGGUGCUACGCCAUCGACUGUGCCAUCGGGCACCACAUGGCUAUACAUAAAAUACCUAUCCAGGGGUUGUAAGAUCUGCCAUGUGUCAGCAACGGCUGGGCAGAGGAACACGACCGUGGUGAUCUUGUAGGAUGACUGGAACUGCCCUGUCUUGGCUACAGGGAGAGCUGGGAAGGUCAAAGUUCACAUGAAGAUGAGCCGGUGGAGUUGCCAAGGCUGCUGUAAUGAGACUGUGUCUAUUUAUUCCAUUUAGGCCUGGCUCUGCUCCUUCGUUCUGGGUCUUUUCCUCCUGCAUUCAUCAUUGGCCUCUUCAUUGAGCAUCGGGACUGACCUCUGCUGGAGCUUUGUGCUUUAGCUACAUACAAAUAGAAGGAAAACCACAAAGGCAUAAGUCUCCCCUCCUAGAAUUAUAGAGAUGAUAAGUGGGUGCUCAUACAGCAGCCAAUUCUCUGGUCAAUUUUAGUACAUGUGUUUGUUUUUAUAGUUGCGGGGCAGAGCCUUGAGUUGGAACUUGUAAGAAUAAGAGUGACUUUAAGGAAGGAUAGCUGCACUAUGCCUCAACCCAUAAAGACUGCCAUCUCCCGCCUCUGGAGAAAGGGAUCCUAGUUACAGAGCUAGCUACUAAUAUACUAAGGGUUCCCCCUUGUAAUGUACAUAGUUCAAGAGAGUGCUGUUUAUUUUGCCUUGCAUAAUCAUUGUGAAUUUAAUGCAUAUAUGCAUAACAAUGUAACAGGCUGGAUUAGUGCAAAAAGUGACGAUCACAUAGAAGUUACAGAACAUAUCUAACUGUGGUACAGUUUGUAACCAUUUGUACAUUUCAGAAGAGACUCAAGACUAGCCUAUUUCUGCCAAUGGUAUAGUACAUGUAUUUCUUUAACAUUUGAAUGUGAUUAUUGGCUGUUGCCUGCUACACAUACAGCUCCUCCCUCCCUGUUCCAUUUUGAGAAAUGAUAAAUCAAAAAAGUGCUUAUGACACUGCGUCCGUCACCUUUUGGCCUGGGUUUCAUGUUUUCCAUGAAAAGUGCUUUAUUGUGUGUUCUUCAUGUUAAGGUAAAGUGUUAUUUCAGUAUUUACUGCUUUAGUGCCACUAAAAGACGGCAGCUCACUCCGUGUCCUGGAUGGCUAACGUCCCAGAUUGUAUGCUGAUAAUCGUAGACUUUGAGGAAAAUGUAUUCAUUAAGAAGUGAGGUGCAGUGGUGGAAUUAGACAGCUAAUUCAUCAUCUAUAGAUUAGAAUCUUCAUAGAUAUUAGCCAUCAAGGAACAUGGUUGGAGAGCAUUGCAGAAAAAGUAUCAAAACAUAUUUUUCUGUUUCUUUUUAUAUAUGGGUUCCUUGGAAGAGAACUGUUUAUUGCAUUGUGUGUUGUGAGGACUAAACUGUAUCAGAGCGACAGCAUGGAUUCACUUGACAAUACUGUUUAUUCCAUCUGUCUGCUAAUGUGAUUGUCCAAAGUGAAACUACUGUUUUAUAUGUUUAAUGAGACUUCAUUUGUUCAGAUUUUUCAAGAAUGUGUGUAUUCAAUUUUCUCAUUGCAAUGUUUGCUCUUAUUUUUCUCUCAAAGAGUAGAGGCAUUACCUAUUUGUAUUGUUUUUAAUGACAGGGCUAUAGCACUUAUAGUAUGUGGAGGUUUUGAGAAAGAAGUUGUGAAUGGACCAUCCUGAACUGAAGAGAUUCCUGUAUACAGGAUCUGAUUGUAGCUCUGCUCUGUCGGCUUUUUAUAUGAAUCUCCUGAGGUGCUCUGUCAUGCCCUCUGUUGGCUGGAAUGUGUAACUACAUAUUGUUUCAGUCGUUGAUCCCAAAUGGACCCCUAUGCACCUGUGGAGGCCUGAGAGGAUUUUAACGGUAUAAGCAACAUGGCAAGACUUCCACAUAGUGUAUCAUAGGGCAAGGUGGAGCUAUAACCAUAUUGCUUACACCCGUCAAAUCCUCUAAGAUCUCCCAUGGAAUAGGGCGUACUGUAGUUCUUAAGGCUCCAUUUGGGAUUGGGCCACUGUCUUCUCAGACAAAGCACUUCACCUGAAGUUUAGAUAGGAAUUUCAACAAAUAGGGCACAUAUCAGUUCGUAAGCUAUUAUUUUGCACCCAAUUGAGUGCGUGUUUAUCAGUGAUGUUCUGUCCAUAGAGAGUGCAGUCCCAGUGUUUCUGUUCAGCCUGUUACUCCAUUUGUAAGUCAUGUGAGGGUCCCUGUGUGAACUAAAGUGUUGCUUUGGAUGGUUUGGACAAGACCCACACUUUGUCAUAAAUUGGAAUUGUGUCACUGGACAGAAGCAAAUAGCAAUGCUAUGGAAAUACUAAGAUUUCCAGUGUUUUGUCUCUCUCAUACUCUUAUCAAUCAUGUACCUAACUAUACUGAAAAAAAUAUAAACUCAACAUGCAACAAUUUAAAAGAUUUUACUGAGUUACAAUUCAUAUAAGGAAAUCAGUCAAUUGAAAUGAAUUAAUUAGGCCCUAGUCUAUGGAUUUCACAUGACUGGGCAGGGUUGUAGCUAUGGAUGGGCCUGGGUGGCAGCCAAGCUCAGCCAAUCACAUGACCAGGCCCACCCAUUGGAGAGCCAGGCCCAGCCAAUCAGAAUUAGUUUUUCCCCACAAAAGUGUUUCUCUCUCUCUCCCCCCCCCCCCUCUGUGCUGGACGUGGUUUACGGUUGUGAGGCCGGUUGGACGUACUGCCAAAUUCUCUAAAACGACGUAGGAGGCAGCUAAUGGUAGAGAAAUGAACAUUCAAUUCUCUGGCAACAGCUCUGGUGGACAUUCCUGCAGUCAGCAUGUCAAUUGCACGCUUCCUCAAAACUUGAGACAUCUGUGGCAUUGUGUUGUGUGACAAAACUGCACAUUUUAAAGUGGCCUUUUAUUGUCCCCAGGGCAAGGUGCACCUGUGUAAUGGGCGUGCUGUUUAAUCAGCUUCUUGAUAUGCCACCCCUGUCAGGUGGAUGGAUUAUAUUGGCAAAGGAGACAUACUUCCUAAUAGGGAUGUAAAAAAAAUUGUGCACAAAAUUUGAGAGAAAUAAGCUUAUGGUAUGGAACAUUUCUGGGAUCUUUUAUUUCUGCUCAUGAAACAUGGGACCAACAUUUUACAUGUUGCAUUUAUAUUUUUGUUCAGUGUUCAUAGUAUGCGUGAGAGAAAAUGAAUGUUGCAGGGUAGUUGCCAUAGAACUGCAAUGUGCACACAGAAUGUGUUCAAUCAAAUCCACGUCUGUUUCCUUACGGAGUGCGGAAGUGACUGAAAUUAAAUUGUUUAAAUUAAAUGCAAUCAAACUGAAGUCAGUAUGAAUGUAAUGUGUAUGUAAGAAGGCUUCAGUCUAAUAUUAUAAAUAUAUUUACGGUACAUGUACAUGCUUAUAAACAAGGCUUCAAAAAGCUACCAAAAGACCGUGGUAAAGGCACCUUUGUUGCAGAGAAUGCACAGCAUAUGACAUGUUUUGUAUGAAGGUUCACUUUGGUAAAGAAAGAGAUGGUUGCUCUGCGUAGCUAGCUUUGAGAGAGCUAUUGAAUUCAAGCAGUGUUAUUAUAAUGGUACAGAUGUUUGUGCUAAAUUGCAAAUCAAUGAAAAAAAGUUAAUUGUAAUCUUUUACUUUGUACUUUGUGUAUUUGUUCAAUGUAUUUUAAUAAAUCCUCUCAACAUCAA